AUGGCUUCGGGGCCAUCUUGCCAGUGCCAGCCUCCUCCAACAAACGAGGAGCCGCUGGUGCUCCUGACCAGAGCAACCAGCGGAGCGACAAGCCCGUCCUGGCACCAGGUGGGCCAGGAAGUGCCCUUGGAGCAAAGCUUUGAGGAGUUCCUAAAGAAGGAGUUGCAGCUGCUUCAAGCUCGCGUAGUGCUGAGAUACAGUCAGCAAACCCAGAGAGUGGAGGCUUCCCCGGCUGCCGCGCGGCACCAGCAAGAAGCCGCCAACCUCCCUGAUCCCAUGGAUGAGGAAAUCGCAGAGCUCAAUGAGAAGGUACCCGAGGCUGCCGCAAACAUGGUGGCCUCAGAAGCGACGACCGAGGAGGUCGUGGAGAGAUGGGCCAGCCUGACGAGGGCUCUCUGUGACGACGUGGAUGCGGAUGAGAAGGAAGUCGUGGCCCCUUAG